GUCAACAAAGAACAGCCUUCUCUCUCUCUCUCUCCCUGUCGUUUGCAGUCAGAACGUCCUGUGACGUCACAACAGACUCGCUCCUUCUGCCCUCGUGCCUGUUCUCCAGGAUGACUGCUGGCUUCGGGAUGACGUCACGCGUCGCUCCGCCCCGAUGGAAAGUCGCUCUUUGCGUUCAUUUCAUUCCUGCUCUCAUUCCGCGCAUUCUUCACAUCUGUCAGUGCGUUACGCCUUCUCCUACCGGCCCCAAAACACCAGAAUAACUUUACACACUCUCCAAAAUUAAUAAGAUCACCUUCCAAAAGAAAAAAGCGCAAAGCGGGCCGUGUUGUUGUGUGUGCAUGAUCAGUAGCGGAGGUGGUGGAGGAGGAGGCUCGCCCCAGGCCGGCUCGGGGACCUGGACGGGGGGAAAGCCGCACUGAGCCGCCGCCGCCGCCGCCGCCGACCGACCGACCGACCGACUUGUUGCUUCAACGCUUCGCCGCGGUGGAUUUCUGUUCCCGUCGUCGUCCAACUUUGUGUCUCCCCCUAGUCAGCUCCAGGCCUCGGCUUGGAGAGCUCAACCGCCACCAUUGAUCCCAGCAGCUGGAGCGGCAGCGAGAGUCCUGCCGAGGACAUGGAGAGGAUGAGUGACUCGGCAGACAAACCCAUGGACAACGACGCUGAAGGCGUCUGGAGCCCGGACAUCGAGCAGAGCUUCCAGGAGGCUCUGGCCAUCUACCCUCCCUGUGGACGCCGGAAGAUCAUCCUGUCUGAUGAAGGGAAGAUGUACGGUCGAAAUGAGCUGAUAGCCAGAUACAUUAAGCUGCGGACCGGGAAGACAAGGACUCGGAAGCAAGUGUCUAGUCACAUACAGGUCUUAGCAAGAAAGAAAGUUCGAGAAAUCCAAGCAGCCAUUAAGGUGACCAGUAUGGACCAGACGGUAAAGGACAAAGCCCUGCAGAGCAUGGCCUCCAUGUCCUCAGCUCAGAUCGUCUCUGCAACCGCCAUCCACAACAAGCUGGGCCUGCCGGGCAUCCCGCGCCCCGCCUUCCCCGGAGCGGGGUUUUGGCAGGGAAUGAUAUCCACCGGCCAGCCAGGAUCCUCACAGGACAUCAAGCCUUUCGCCCAGCAGACAUAUCCCAUCCAGCCAGCAGUUACCACAGCCAUUUCAAGUUAUGAACCCACGGCGGCCCAGGCGCCCACGGUACCGGCAUGGCAGGGUCGCUCCAUCGGUACGUCCAAACUCCGGCUGGUGGAGUUCUCCGCCUUCCUGGAACAGCAGAGAGACCCGGACUCGUACAACAAACAUCUCUUCGUGCAUAUCGGUCAGACAAACCAUUCCUACAGCGACGCCCUGCUCGAGUCUGUGGACAUUCGACAGAUUUACGACAAGUUCCCUGAGAAGAAAGGAGGUCUGAAAGAGCUGUUUGGAAAGGGUCCACAGAACUCCUUCUUCCUCAUCAAAUUCUGGGCGGACUUGAACUGCAACAUCCAGGACGACACAGGAGCUUUCUAUGGCGUUACCAGUCAGUAUGAAAGCUCUGAGAACAUGACCAUCACCUGCUCCACUAAAGUCUGCUCCUUCGGCAAGCAGGUGGUGGAGAAAGUGGAGACGGAGUAUGCGCGGUUUGAGAGUGGCCGUUUUGUCUACAGGAUAAGUCGAUCUCCCAUGUGUGAAUACAUGAUCAACUUCAUCCACAAGCUCAAACACCUGCCAGAGAAAUACAUGAUGAACAGCGUGCUGGAGAACUUCACCAUCCUACUGGUGGUGACCAACAGGGACACGCAGGAGACGCUGCUGUGCAUGGCGUGCGUGUUUGAGGUUUCCAACAGCGAGCACGGCGCCCAGCACCACAUCUACAGACUGGUGAAGGAAUGAGGCCGCACGCCGGCGCCCCCGUCCGCCCCCACAGAUCCCCCCCCCCCCCACCACCACCACAAGGCAGUGCCUCCACCCGAACAGUCCCACCCGGCUCGCUCCUCUCGGUUUUGGGUGAAAAGCCGGUUUGUUAAUAAUGCUCUUGGUUUCGUUUAAACGUGCGUGUUUGUUGUUUGCGGUACAGUUGUGGGCGUGUUUCAGUUCUGGCCCCUCGUCUGGCGCUCUCUUGUGGCGACCUGGUGAACAUACAUGUGGCCGGCCGUGUGUCGGAAGCCGCCGGAUGAAGUUCAUCUGGUGAACGGAAGAGCUGUCGGUUCUCUUCUGUGUGACGUGCAGCGUGACGAGAGGAUGCUGUGGCUGGCGUGUGUGGCGUGCGCGUGUGUUUUGUACGUCUGUAGAAGUGGCGAGCCUCCAUCCUGUAGAUACACCGACCUACAACCACACACAACAGAGUUCCCAAAGACAACAAGCCAUCCUGACACGGCCUCAACACCCCCUAGUGGGCAGAAUUAGUGCAGAAGUCGUUCGUGGUCCUUCAGGAAAACGUGCGUUUCCUGUGUUGCAGCUCGGCGAGUCUUCAGCACCGACGGACAACUGACGACCGCACUGUGAACACGGGACCACGUCUGUUGUUCCCGCCCAAUUGUUUCUAUCCGUCAUGACCACGUGUCGUCCCACAUGCGCGUCAGCCCCGUUACGCUUCAGCUGUCCAGACUCGGCUUGUCGGAGCACUUCCUGUCCUUUCCUGGAUGUGUCCGAGCGACGCCAGCUGUUUUCCCCUUCCGCCUGCUUUUAUGUCGUCACAGUAGCUCCCCGGUCACGGGGAGUCAGGACGCGUCUGCACCCCUGUGUUGUGGGUCUCUGCUGCGUCGCCGCGUGCUUGCUGGGACGGCGGCGCCGCAGUGGUUCUGCCUUGACGUGAACGUCUCCGGGUCUUUCCCCUGCACCACUUCCGAGCCUUAAACGCGUCACGGCGGCGUGAUCUCAGAAGACGCCAGUGACGCUGUGAUCGACGCUUCAUACGUUUGCGUUGUGUGAGGAAAGUCACAACACCAUCUGCCAAAGUGGACAGUGCCUUACAGUGUGUCAUCACAGACGCCGCCGUCUGUUGUCCAGUUACACAUCCGUCUCUCCAGACGACACAGAUUAAAAUAAGUGUAUGACUUGUAGCAUUUCCACAUGUGGAGGCGUGGGCUGCUAGAGACAUGAGGGCCUCUGUAGGUUCUCUGUGGUACCCCAGCGCCUCCCAACAAGCAGGUUCAUAUGGUGUCUGACCGUUUUGAGCGUUUGACCCAACAGAUGUUCUUCAGGCAGCCACCUUUCUCUCGUUUGCUGUACACACCGACUGAUUCUGCCUUUCCUAUUGUAAAAAGACCAAAAACCACAGAGGUAGAGUGGCGUCGCGCCCUGCUCCGUACUGAGGAAGUGCCUUUGGGCUGAAAUCUCCAGCUUCGAAAUCAAAAUACUGAGUAAAACGUUGCCAGACCAAAAACGAGACGUGAGCGAGACCAAUCACCACAUUGCCUUUUUGAAGGUUUGUAACGACGGCGGGGACCGCCGCUGAAUAAAGGACACUGAUGUCUUACGACGAUGUCAUUUGAUUUAUUUUUUAAAACGGUCCAUUCAAAGACAUCCUUCUGCUUUCUGUAUCUGAGCUCAGAGUCUGAAAGACCCGUUGGAGCGCGCCGCUGCUGCAGUUCCCCUGCUGGCCCUGAAGUGUUCCACUGCCUUCUCGGUGGGACGGACAAUAUGAACACAUGAGUCACUGCCCGCCAUGACUUCAGCAGGGACCGUCCCCAUGCCAGCUGAGGGGACGGACAAUAUGAACACAUGAGUCACUGCCCGUCAUGACUUCAGCCAGAGACUGUCCCCAUGCUAGCUGAGGGGACGGACAAUAUGAACACAUGAGUCACUGCCCGUCAUGACUUAAGCCAGAGACCAUCCCCAUGCCAGCUGAGGGGACGGACAAUAUGAACACAUGAGUCACUGCCCGUCAUGACUUCAGCCAGAGACUGUCCCCAUGCCAAUUGAGGGGACGGACAAUAUGAACACAUGAGUCACUGCCCGUCAUGACUUCAGCCAGAGACUGUCCCCAUGCCAAUUGAGGGGACGGACAAUAUGAACACAUGAGUCACUGCCCGUCAUGACUUCAGCCAGAGACCGUCCCCAUGCCAGCUGAGGGGACGGACAAUAUGAACACACGAGUCACUGCCCAUCAUGACUUCAGCAGAGACUGUCCCCAUGCUAGCUGAGGGGACGGACAAUAUGAACACAUGAGUCACUGCCCGUGAUGACUUCAGCCAGAGACUGUCCCCAUGCCAAUUGAGGGGAUGAACAAUAUGAACACAUGAGUCCCUGCCCAUCAUGACUUCAGCCAGAGACCGUCCCCAUGCCAGCUGAGGGGACAGACAAUAUGAACACAUGAGUCCCUACCCAUCAUGACUUCAGCAGAGACCGUCCCCAUGCCAGCUGAGGGGACGGACAAUAUGAACACACGAGUCACUGCCCAUCAUGACUUCAGCAGAGACUGUCCCCAUGCCAAUUGAGGGGACGGACAAUAUGAACACAUGAGUCCCUGCCCAUCAUGACUUCAGCAGAGACUGUCCCCAUGCCAGCUGAGGGGACGGACAAUAUGAACACACGAGUCACUGCCCGUCAUGACUUCAGCCAGAGACCAUCCCCAUGCCAGCUGAGGGGACAGACAAUAUGAACACACGAGUCACUGCCCGUCAUGACUUCAGCCAGAGACCAUCCCCAUGCCAGCUGAGGGGACGGACAAUAUGAACACAUGAGUCCCUGCCCAUCAUGACUUCAGCCAGAGACUGUCCCCAUGCCAGCUGAGGGGACGGACAAUAUGAACACAUGAGUCCCUGCCCAUCAUGACUUCAGCCAGAGACCGUCCCCAUGCCAGCUGAGGGGACGGACAAUAUGAACACAUGAGUCCCUGCCCAUCAUGACUUCAGCCAGAGACCGUCCCCAUGCCAAUUGAGGGGACAGACAAUAUGAACACAUGAGUCCCUGCCCAUCAUGACUUCAGCCAGAGACCGUCCCCAUGCCAGCUGAGGGGACAGACAAUAUGAACACAUGAGUCCCUGCCCAUCAUGACUUCAGCCAGAGACCGUCCCCAUGCCAAUUGAGGGGACAGACAAUAUGAACACACGAGUCCCUGCCCAUCAUGACUUCAGCAGAGACUGUCCCCAUGCCAGCUGAGGGGACGGACAAUAUGAACACACGAGUCACUGCCCGUCAUGACUUCAGCCAGAGACCGUCCCCAUGCCAGCUGAGGGGACGGACAAUAUGAACACAUGAGUCCCUGCCCAUCAUGACUUCAGCCAGAGACCGUCCCCAUGCCAAUUGAGGGGACAGACAAUAUGAACACACGAGUCCCUGCCAACCAUUUUUGCAGACUUGGUUUUACAGCCGGCAGUAAUCAUGUGACCAAGCGUAGUGUUGAAGGUGUUUUCAGACACACGUCUUCACACUGUGUCCAGCGGCGGCGAGCGGCCUUGUUGCAGGAACCAGCGGCGCCACAAGCUGUGUGUGUACGAGGCCAUAGAGCCGACGACCCUCACCACUGUCUUUCUGACCUUCCUCUUCACAUAAAGUGUGGUAGUCUGAGACCGUCUCUGGCGGAGGUGGACAGACAGCUCAGCUCCAGUAUCCCGCCACAGUCCCGUGGACAGCGGGCGUUUUGAUUUGACUUUAUUUGUGUGUAGUUGUGUAUCUGUGGCUGUCCUGCUGGCUGUGUGUGUCCCUGCCCGAUGCUGCGGCCGCUGCGCCGCGCCGCAGAGUUCAGGUCUUCUUCGCCGACCUCCACCUCGUCUGUCUGGUGGGACAUGACGGACGGGAGGCCGAGGCCUUCACAUGACAUGAGCGUGUGAAGACUCCUAAUCUGACACAACGCAGACACACAACACGACACGGCCGCGUGGAGGAACUAUGACACACACACACACACACACAGACAGACAGACACACACACGUCAGCGGGUCUCGCUGUUGUUCGUCAUCUUGUCCGAGUGUGGGUACUGGUACCUGUCCAUGUUGCUUCACGUUUUGUUGGGUUUGGGUUUUUCAGAUGUGAUAUUUUGCAUAGCUCAGAUAGGAUCAUACUGACGACUGGGGUUUGUGUGCAGAAAGUUUUGUAUAAAGGUGCUUUGUCUAAAAUGAUAUGACAGCUUUGCGGCCUGCAGAGGUGAGUCUUGUCUCCACGGCGCCGGUGGAGCAGGGGGUCCGGAAGCAGCAGGAGGAGGAGGAGGAGGAGGAGGAGGAGGAGGAGGAGAAAAGCGGCUGUGUGAUGUUCUGUGUUCUUCACUGCGUAUGCUCUUGGUUGUUUUUGCUUCGUAUCAUGAUGACGCCUUCUGGAAAACAAGUGAUAUUUUGUAGCUUUCUAGAUACUUUGUAUGUAUGCAAUACUGAAGUUCAAUAAACAC